UGCUUCGAUACUUCGCUGCGGUUCCUGAACCUCCGAGUCUUCUCCAGAAUAUCGUUCCGGAUUCCAAUCCACUCUCUAUAAAUCCGCCACUGAUGCUUAGGGACCCCUCUCUCUUCUAGCUGUUUUCAGAAGACAAACGAAUAUUGCAAUUAGGGCUUUUCUCACCCUCUUUUUCUGUCUUCAGCAGUACUCUAAUGGCGAAGGACGGACCCAAUUGGGACGGGUUGCUCAAGUGGAGUCUCUCUCACUCCGAUGGAACUCGUUCCAAUCGAAAUUUGAGUGAGGAGGAUAGAAGAUGGUUCAUGGAAGCUAUGCAAGCCCAGACUGUAGAUGUUGUUAGGCGAAUGAAAGAGAUAAGUCUUGUCAUGCAGACUCCUGAGCAAGUGCUGGAGGAGCAAGGAGUUACUGCUGCUGACCUGGAAGACAUGUUAGAUGAACUACAGGAGCAUGUAGAGUCCAUAGACAUGGCUAAUGAUCUUCACUCCAUUGGGGGUUUGGUCCCUCUUCUUGGUUACUUGAAGAAUUCCCAUUCUAAUAUUAGAGCAAAGGCUGCAGAAGUUGUGACAACAAUUGUUCAGAACAACCCUAGGAGUCAACAAUUGGUAAUGGAAUCAAAUGGCUUGGAACCUUUGCUUUCAAAUUUUACUUCAGAUCCUGAUGUCACUGCUCGUACCAAAGCACUUGGAGCAAUAUCCUCUUUAAUCAGGCACAACAAACCAGGAAUUGUUGCAUUUCGACUUGCUAAUGGAUAUGCUGCACUUAGAGAUGCUUUGAGUUCUGAGAAUGUGAAAUUUCAAAGGAAAGCCCUUAACUUAAUCCACUAUUUGCUGCAUGAAAAUCAUUUGGACUGUGAUGUUGUAACUGAGCUAGGAUUUCCUCGCAUUAUGAUGCACCUUGCCUCCAGUGAAGAUGCAGAUGUGCGUGAGGCUGCACUUCGUGGGCUUCUUGAGCUCGCCCGUGACAGGCCUGGUGGAGCAGAUGGUAGUUUGGGUAAAGAAGAUGAGAAACUGAAGCAAAUUCUUGAAGAACGGAUUAAUGGUAUCAGCUUGAUGUCACAGGAGGAUCUGGGGGCUGCUAGGGAGGAGAGGCACCUUGUGGACUCCCUUUGGAACGCCUGUUAUAAGGAGCCAUCUUCUCUUCAAGAGAAGGGGCUUCUUGUUCUUCCAGGGGAGGAUGCAGCUCCCCCAGAUGUCGCCAGCAAACAUUUUGAACCUCCUCUUCGAGCAUGGGCUGCAAGGCCAGAAGUCCAUGCAAACGAAGGAACUGAAAAGAAAGAAGCGCCUUUAUUGCUAGGUCCUGGUCCUCCACCAGGUGCCACUCAUAUAGAGAGUAGCUCAACUUCAGAUGCUAAUGCAGGGGACAACCUUACCAACACAAGACAGUAAUGCAGCAUAGGCCAUUCUUAGGUUUAGUUUAAAGCGUUUUCAUGGGAUUUUAUUGCUGAUCUCGUUGUUUCUAAGAGAGUAAUUUUUGCCCCAUAUCCGCCCACCAUCAUGUAGCUCCACCCCCCUCAGAUUAGCACUUCGAUGUUUUCUUCCGGGUUUGAGAAAUGGCAACUACGUUUUUUCUGGCUUGUACAAGAUUCGCUGGUUCUAAGGAUGCAUGUUUGUUAAUCUAUUUAUUGGCAAGAAACACUUGAAACUUGCCUACUGCCUGCCUGUUAAAGUUGGUGGUCUUGUAAAUGAGUCCACUGUGAUUCAAUUUGCUGUUAAUAAUAUCUGAGACGCAUUCGGUUGUGGUGAC